AUGCUUACUGUCCAAUUUGAUUCCAAGAACACCUUUGUUGAGCCCCACUCCAAUGUCGCCUUUGCUGACUUGCCGGUCAAGUCCAGCACCAAGAAGAACCAGGAGGAGAUCCUUCUCGAGCCCUUUACCUAUCUCUGCAACAACCCAGGAAAAGAUGUUCGCGCAAAGAUGAUUGAGGCAUUUGACUACUGGAUUAAUGUCCCCAAGGAAUCCCUCAAUGUCAUCACCCGUGUCAUUGAGAUGCUCCACAGCGCCAGUCUCUUGAUUGACGAUGUUGAGGAUGGCUCUAUCUUACGCCGUGGUGUUCCUGCCGCUCACCACUUGUACGGUAUUCCCCAGACAAUCAAUUGCGCAAACUAUGUCUAUUUCUUGGCACUCUCGGAGCUUAACAAGCUUAACAACCCCAAGAUGGUCAUUAUCUACACCGAGGAACUCGUGAAUCUCCAUCGGGGACAAGGCAUGGAACUAUUCUGGAGAGAUACUCUGACAUGCCCUUCCGAAGAGGAAUUCAUUGAAAUGGUCGACAACAAAACCGGUGGUCUUUUGCGUUUGGCAGUAAAGCUGAUGCAAGAAGCCAGCAAUUCUGAGCGUGAUUACACUGGUCUUGUUGGAAAGAUUGGUAUUCAUUUCCAGGUUAGAGAUGAUUACAUGAACCUUCAAUCAAAAACAUACGCUGACAACAAGGGCUUCUGCGAGGACCUUACCGAAGGCAAAUUCUCUUUCCCAAUCAUCCAUUCCAUUCAUGCCGACCCUAACAACCGCCAGCUCAUCAACAUCCUCAAACAAAAAAGCUCUUCAAUCGAGCUGAAGCAGUUUGCUCUUCAGCUUCUCGAAAAGACCGAUACCUUUAACUACUGCCGCAAAUUCCUCACCAACAUUGAGAAGGAGGCAGCAGACGAGAUUGCCGAGUUGGGUGGCAAUCCCAAGCUUGAGAAGAUCAUGUCUCUUCUGAGCAUCAAGGAGCAGUAAAAGUCAAGAAGUACUGUUCUCCAGAAAAAAAAUUUCCUCGUCAUCAACAUCCUUUCCAUUAUUCAAUAUUAUUAUCACCCCCUCUCCCCCACCACCACCCACCCACGAGAACCCAAACCUCCUUAUUCGAAUCUCAUUCCAUCUUUACCCCAUUUUUCCAUAUCCUCAUGAGCACAUAGAUACAAAACGAGACGGAGCAUAUUUUUUUAAAAUACAUUGCAUUAUCUUAUGAAAACCAAAUAAAUAACGUAUACAGAACACUUGGUGUGU